UAAUGUCUAGUGAGAAAGGUGAAGGAACAGAUCCAAAAUUAAGAAAUGGACCAGUUGUAGAAAGAGAAUGCACUGAUAUUUUUUGCUUAUUGCUAUUUAUUGUUUUUACUUUUGGCAUGUUUUUCAUAACUGGCUAUGCCAUUAAAAAUGGUGAUCCUAAAAGAAUUGCCUAGCCAUAUGAUCCUGAUCGUAAAAUUUUAAUAAAUAUUAAGAUCGGGCAUGUGGAGUUGAUGAGGAUGUAGUUGAUUAUCCCUACAUAUAUUUUGCUAACCCAACGAAUCCCAAGUAUCUUUAUGUGACAACCUGUGUAGCUGAAUGUCCAAGUAAUUAUAAUAAUUUAGUUUGUAGAAGAGGAGAGUGAUAGUACUCCGUCAGCAAGACAUUCUAAAAUAUCACAUUUGGAGGAUGCUAAACCAAACCCAAAAUUACCAAGUGAAUUAAAAUGUUAACCAAAUUCAAUUGUUAAGAGUUGUAAAUAAAAUAUGAUGACUACUAAUCCAGAAGAGGUUGUUGUUAUUUACAAUACAGAAUUAUGUACAUAAAUAAAAUUUAUUUAAGUUAUGAAAACUGUGUGUUUACCAACAACUAAAUAAUAUUAUGAAACCGUAAAAGAUAAAAUUGAUGUUGAAACUAUGGAAAAAGUAUCAAAUGAUAUGAUCACAACUAAAUGGCUUAUAUUUGGUUCUAUUGGUAUAUCUUUAGUACUUGGAUUCAUAUUUUUGUUCCUUAUAGAAACAUUAGCUGGAUGUGUUAUAUGGACACUCAUCUUAUUAUUAUUCAGUGUAUUAAUAGCAGGAGGAGUUUACACCACUGGAUACUACUAUGCUUUAACUGAUCCAUCAAAAUUACCAGCCUCAGCUUAAGCUGAAAUUGAUUCCCAAACUCUUUAAGAAUAAGCUUAAGCAAAUAAUGUUAAUCCUAAGAAUUAUUUAUAUAUUGGAAUUACAUUAUUUUCUUUGGCAGGAUUGAUUUUAUUAGCUGUUUGUUGUAUGUAUUCAAGGAUUCGGCUUGCAAUUGCUAUACUUGAAGUAUUAUUAUUUAUUUAAUAAUUAAUAGACAGCAUGCGAUUAUGUUUAAGCUAAUUUUACAGUUGUUAUCCUUCCAUUUGUAACCUUUUUCAUUAUGCUAACAUAUUUCAUCUAUUGGUUCGUUGUUGCAUUGUAUUUAUAUAGUUCAGGAGAAGUUACAAAUAAACCUAAACAAUUACCUUUUGGAUAAUUUACAUUCACUUAAAAUCAAAAAAUAUUUGCUAAUAUUCACUUAUUUGGUUUAUUAUGGAAUUCUGCUUUUAUAAUAGCAUCAGUUGAAUUUAUAAUUGCUGGAUCAGUCUGUAUUUGGUAUUUCUAAUAAGGACCAAGAGCAUAAGAGGGUGGUCCUAUUCCUUUGCCAACUGCAAUAGGAAGAUUUUUUAGAUAUCAUUUAGGAACAGUAGCUUUUGGAUCAUUAAUUUUAGCUAUAAUAGAAUUCAUUAGAAUUUGGUUGGCUUUUCUUUAUAAAUAAUAGGAAGAAUUAAUAAAGAAAAAUAAAUUCUUUGAAUAUUUAUUUAAAUGUUUGAUUUGUUGUAUGUGGUGUUUUGAGAAAUGCGUUUAAUAUAUUAAUAAAAAUGCUUAUGUUGUUAGUAAUAUGACAGGUAAAGGAUUUUUCCAUUCAGCCAAAGAGGCAAUAUUUUUGAUUGCAAGAAAUCCUCUUAGAUUUGCAACAGUUGGAGGAUUUGGAGAAAUAUUUAUUGCUUUAGGAAGAGGAUUUAUUGCUUUAUUAACUGGUCUAUUUUGUUAUUUUAUAAUAACAAGAACUGAAAAGUUUAAAUAUAAUGUAACUUAUCCAGAAGGACCAUCAUUAUUAUGUGGUGCAAUUGGUUUAGUUGUUGGAUCAUUAUUUAUGUCAAUUUAUGGAGUUGCUUGUGAUGCAAUAUUGAUUGUGUUUGUCAUGGAUGAAGAAAUGGAAAAAUAAAAUGGAAAAGGAGUUGCUUUGUGUUGUCCACCAAAAUUAGAGAAAUUUUUAGAGGAUCAAUGAUA